UGCCGGACACGACGACAAUCGUCGACGAUCGUGUCGCACACGAAGACGGCCGUGCUCAAUACGAUGGCGGUCGUGUUCGACACAAUGACGACUGUGUUCGACAUGACGUCGGUCACGACGACGGCUGUGCACGACAACGAGCCGGACACAACGACGAGCGUGUUCGACACGACGACGGUCGUGUUCGACACGAUGGCGAUCGUGUUCGACCCGACGACGAUCGUGUUCGACACGACAACCACCGUGUUCGACACGACAAGGAUCGUGUUCAACACGACGACCAUCAUGUUCGACACGACGAUGACCGUGUCGGACACGACGACGAUCGUGUUUGACACGAUGACCAGCAUAUUCGACACGACAACAAUCGUGUUCAACACGAUGACCAUCAUGUUUGACACGACGACCAGCGUGUCGGACACGACAACGAUCGUGUUCAACACGACGGCCAUCGUGUAUGUCUGAUUGUUGAGUCGAACACACUCGUCGAGUCAAACACGAUCGUUGAGUCUAACACGA